CUAAUUAAGGAAAAGAAAGCUGGCACUGAGCGUUAGUUACACGCGCCCACGCGCUACAGCGAUGUCCUAAAUUCCCCAUUAUAUUCAUAUUUGUCGUGCUCAAAACGAUCGAACAAAUCAGACAAAAGCCUCGCAUCUCUCUCUCUUGGGAUCUGAAUCUUCAAAUUGAAAACAAAAAGAUCACAAGAGAAAAAAACAAAAAAAAAUGCCUCAUGGAACUCUUGAAGUUGUUCUUGUCAGCGCCAAAGGUCUCGAGGACGCAGAUUUUCUGAAUAACAUGGAUCCUUAUGUGCAACUCACUUGUCGGACUCAAGAUCAGAAGAGCAACGUUGCAGAAGGAAUGGGGACAACUCCGGAAUGGAAUGAGACAUUUAUCUUCACUGUCUCUGAAGGAACUACAGAGUUAAAAGCGAAAAUCUUCGACAAAGAUGUCGGUACAGAGGAUGAUGCGGUUGGUGAAGCAACUAUUCCGUUGGAGCCGGUUUUCGUGGAAGGAAGUAUUCCACCAACUGCAUACAAUGUGGUGAAAGAUGAAGAGUACAAAGGAGAGAUUUGGGUGGCUCUCUCCUUCAAGCCCUCGGAAAACCGAAGCAGGGGUAUGGACGAGGAGUCCUAUGGGGGCUGGAAAAACUCUGAAGCAUCAUACUAAGAGAAGAAACCAUUGUGUGUCACUGUUUGAUUUGAGUCUUGGGAACAAAAUGUUGAGUUUUCAUUUGAAAGCGUAUUUUUUGUUCAGAUUGUUUUUAAUGAUUUCAUAAACUCGUGAGAUUUUUGAUUCUUCUUUUCUAGAACUUGUUUUGGUAAUGUUUCUCUGUGGUUGUUUUCUGAGUUGGGCGAGAAGAAGUCUACCGGUUGGUAAAGUCAACGAAUCGGUUCAUCUGAACCGGGAAACGAAUCUAUCUAAUUAAAUUAAACCGGUCAAUUUGCCAAUCCAA